AUGCGAAAAAGGUAAGUAUAUUAUUAUAGAUGGUUUUUAAUUUGUUUUUGUUGAGAUUUUGAUGUUUUUGGUUUUCUGUUACCUAAAAUUUGAAAAACAAGGCGAAUUUGGAGAAAAAUUGUGUUUUUUGUUACGAAAAUUGAGGGUUUGUUUUUGUGAAGUUAAAUUUAAAUUUUAAAAUUGAAAAGUUGUGGUAACAGUAUUUUACAUUGUAAAUUUGUGUCUAUGUUCAGCGGGAUCAAACGUAGACGCGAGGACGAGGAUGGAAACACGGCUGACGGUUAUCCUGAGGAUGAAGACAGCAGGUUGACUCCUGUGUUGGUUCCGAAGGGUCGAGAAAAGGAUUCUGAAUUCUCGGCUCCAAAGUCUCACAAAUUGGUCGAUUUGGACGAGGAAGCCGAGCCUCAACAAGUGAAGGACGAAGAUGGCCCAGCUGUUGUUGAUCAACGGCACUACAUUAUCAUACCAUCUUAUUCUUCUUGGUUUGACUACAACUCCAUUCAUGACAUUGAAGAGAGAGGAGUGCCAGACUUUUUCCGCGGAAACAACAAGAGCAGAACGCCUGAAAUGUAAGUUACUUCGUCUUUUUUUGAGAUUUAGAAAUAUCUGAUGAAAAAUAUUUUGCAAAAUGGCAUUUUAUCAUUUGAAGUAUAAAAAAUUUAAAAAUAUUGAAGAAUAUAAUGCUUUAAAAGUUAAUUUUUAUGAUUUUAGGUACAUGACCUAUCGUAACUUCAUGAUCGACACUUAUCGUCUCAAUCCCUUCGAGUAUCUGUCAUUUACGGCUUGUCGUCGCAACUUGAGUGGAGAUAUCUGCACCAUCGCACGAACCCAUUCUUUCCUAGAACAAUGGGGACUGAUCAACUAUCAAGUCGACGCUGAAAACCGUCCAGCACCGGUUGGACCACCUGCGACUUCGCAUUUCAUGGUACUUGCUGAUGCUCCCAACGGGUUACAACCUGUAAAUCCGUUUCCUCAUGGAUUUCAGCUAACUGACAAAGCUAUCAAGGCCGAGAAGAUGGACACUCAGGAGUCUUCGACUACUGAAAAACCUGAAGAAUUUAGGGAAGAAGGUGAAGACCGCAGCGAAGUGAAGGUUAAGGUCGAGAAACCAAAACGCGGAGCUUUUGAAGCCGGCUUGAAGACGGAUCAAUAUGCUAAACAGUUGGCGGCUAUGAAGCUAAAAGGAGCUGCACCAGGCCGUGAUUGGGACGAUCAAGAGACCUUGCUGUUGUUGGAGGCUUUGGAGAUGUACAAAGAUGAUUGGAAUCGUGUAGCUGACCACGUUGGCUCAAGAACUCAAGACGAAUGUAUUCUGAGACUGCUCCAACUUCCAAUUCAAGAUCCUUUCCUGGAAGAAGAUGGUGGAGAUGUGUUGGGACCUUUGGCUUAUCAACCAACUCCAUUUAGUCAAGCUGCUAACCCUGUCAUGAGCACGGUCGCGUUCUUGGCCAGCGUGGUGGAGCCAAGAGUUGCGGCGGCUGCUUGUAAGGCUGCUCUACGUAAGUGAAUGUAUAUUUUUAGUGUGAAAUUUUACAAUUUUUAAAUUUUUUAAAAGUUUUACUCACUUAAAAAUAAAAUUUGAAUUUCAGAAGAAUACUCGAACAUGAAGGACGAGCUUCCUCCACUGGUUUUAGAAGCCCAUGCUAAGAAUGUUGACGCACAUGCCAAAGCCAACAAUGGAGAGGUGGAUCCAGAAGUUGGCCUUAAAGAAUCUGGAAUUGCUUCUGAUGAUAAGGUAAGAUGUUUUAUAGUAAAGCUUUGUUUUUAGGCGAAUAUGAAGGGGGUUAACAUAACUAUAGUAUAAUAUUAUCAACAUAACUAUAGUAUGAAGAUGAUUAACAUUAACAUAACUGUAAUUUCAGACAGCCGAAGAUUCAAAUAAAGAUGAAGAACCAAUGGAAACAGACGAAAAGCAGACAGAAGAGAGUGAGGUGGUAAAGGAAGCGAGGAAGGUAGUAUCAGAAAAGGUUCAGACCGCAGCAGCUUCAGCAUUGGCCGCAGCCGCAGUUAAAGCAAGACAUUUGGCCAAUCUGGAAGAGAGAAGAAUGAAGAGUUUGGUUGCUCAACUUGUCGAGACUCAAAUGAAAAAGUUGGAGCUCAAGUUGAAACAUUUUGACGAAGUAUGUUUAUAUAAUGUUUUUUAAUUUAGCUAUUAAGUUUGAAAGUUUAGAUCGUUGUACUUUUUUUACGUAAGAGAGAGCUAAUAUUAUUUUAGUUAAUUGGUUAAUAUUACUCUAAAUUAAUUUUGUUCUAGCUGGAGGCCAUUACGGACAGAGAAAGAGAAUCUUUCGAAUACCAAAGACAACAACUCAUUCUUGAAAGACAAUUCUUCCAUCUAGACCAGCUACGAUACAUGCAGGAACGUUCGAAAACAGACGCGUAUCAAGCUCUGAUGGAGAAGGGAGAGUUAGAGCCAGGAUUCGAGGUUCGAGGAUGUCCACCACAAAUGCAACCUCAACUGUUAGCAUCAAAACAGAAUGGAGAAGCUCUUCCACCGCGUGCAGACUCUAAACCAGCUGAUGCCUUAUUAUCGGACGGCACUUCUGCUUCACAAGCAGCUCCACAACUAGCUGGUCCAACUGAACGAACAAGCCAAGCACAAUCACGAGUUCAAUCAGAGCCAUCAGCUGGCGCUCCAUCAUCACAACUACCAGCACAGUCUUAUGGUUAUCAGUAUGGCGCCGCACCACCUUCAGGGCAGUCAUACUCACAAGCACUCCCUCAAGCACCUCAAGCUGGACAUUAUCCACCUCAACAGCCGCAACUGUAUUACGGUCAAGGCGGGCCACCAAUCGCUCAACGACCAUAUGCUCCUCCUUCACAACAACAAUAUAACCAGCGGAUGGGGCCAGGGUACGACUACAAUCAUUCACAAGGACGACCAGCUGGGUACCCACCGGCUCCUCAACAAGGCCAAUAUCAAUAUCAGCAGGGGUAUCAGGGCGGUCAGGUGAGUAUAUGAAUAUAUCUUUGUGUUUUGGGUUUUUUUUCUUGAAGUAAGAGUAAUGGUGAAGAAGACGUUAGUUGAAUCUAGUUCAAUAUGCAAAUAAAUAAACAAACUUGACUUAUGGCAUUUAUUUUUAGUACUACCCUCAACAAGGCGGACAACCACCCCACCCACCAGCCCAACUGGGCGAGGGCCAGGAGCAGGCUCCACCACAACCAUAA